AUGGAGAAAUUACUUGAAGCAACAGACCAAUUUGACGUAGAGUUGUUCGACAGCGUGAUAAGAGCCUUCUACAGCCCAGGAGACAGGGAGCACAAGAGAGCAGAAAGUGUGCUGCUUCAGUUCAGAGAGCAUCCUGAUAGCUGGGCAAGAACUGCAGAUGUCAUAAAAGAGAGCAAAGACAGCAGAUCGAAGAUAUUCGCAGUGCAGGCUCUCGAGAGAGCAGUGAAGGUGCGGUGGAGCAUGCUGACAGAAGAGCAGCAAAAAGGUGCUCGGGAGUACGUGGUGGACAAGAUACUCGAACUAUCGAUGGCCUCAACUCCUGAGGCAAAGGUGCUCGUAAAGCAGUUUAACCAAGUGCUGAUUGAAGUGAUAAAGAGAGAGUGGCCCAGCAAAUGGCCUACGCUUAUUACAGAUCUCCUGGAAGCGAGCAGAGGAGACUGUGGUAUAUGUGCAAAUAGUUUUAACCUUCUUGCGCUGCUGUGCGACGGGAUAUUCAACUUCCACGAGUCUCUGGUCAGUGAAAGAGUGGCUGCCCUGCAGAGCCAGAUGAAGAACGAGUUUCAUGCGAUUUACGAGAUAGUCACAGACAUUUUGGACAAAGUCAGCACGGGAGAGAUAGCAGUCCCGAAUGACUUGGUUCUUUCCAGUUUAAACUUGCUGAGGAUUUUGGUGCCUUUCUUCUCCUCUGAGUAUUUAUUCCAGUACAAACUGGUGGAGAUCGUCUCCAGAUACAUCGAGUCAGAGUUCAUUGUUCCAGCUGUGCAGGUCCUCAGAGGCAUUCUGGCACGGGCCGAUGAUGCGUCCUCUACAGCGCUUUUUAUGGAGUCUCUGAAGAGGUGCUUUGUCGUUAUAAGCGCUUUCUUCGAGAAGUACUGCCACAAGUUCAACCAAAUGCACACAGAGGGCAUGCACGCACACUACGACUCUUUCCUGCAGCAGGACGUAAACCUGAUCAGAGAAAUAGUCUUGUUCUACGGGCUAGCAUACAAGUAUGCAAGAGAAAUGGAAAAGAUGCACUGCAACACAAAAGUGCCUUUGGGCCUUAUGCUCGAGAUAUCCAAAAUAUCUGACUUUGAGCUCUUCCGGCUGUGCUUGGAGUUCUGGUCGAUGUUUGUGAAAGAGCUCUUCCUGGAGUUUCCCUUUGUCCCUGCAUCCACGAAGUCCCCAGCUGGCCUCAGAAGAGUGCACUACGCUGAGGAAAUGAGCGCCCUUGUGCCUGUCCUUGUGGCGCAGAUGCAGAGGCCAGAAGAGGUAAUCAUUGCAGAGAAUGAAGACAACGAAAUAGUACUGGAGAAGCUAGUGGACACUGAAUGCAUCCAGCACCACAAAGAAAUGAACGAAUUACUGUACAAUAUCUCGGCAAUGACGCCGGGAGGACUGGGCCCAUACUUCUGCAGCGAGAUAUCAAAGCUUCGCUCAGGGCCAUGGACCAGAGAAAGACUGAACAAAGUCUCUUGGGCAGCAGGGAGCAUUGCAGGCACGUCAACUGUCAUUGCAGAGAAAGAGUUCCUCACGCAGGCCAUCCAGACGCUUCUAUCUAUGUGCGAAGAGGCCACAGAGGAGGGAAAUAGAGCAGUGGUUGCAUCGUGCUUGAUGUACAUCCUUGUCAGAAACCCUGCAUAUCUCAAGACGUAUCCUCUCCUUCUGGAGGCUAUAUGCAACAAAAUGCUCCAAUUUAUCAUCGAUGUUGAUCUCGUGGGAGUGCCUGAAAUGGCGUGUGACACUUUGCUUAAGCUCAUGUCAUCGUGUGCUGAAGUGCUGAGGAUUCCUCUCUCUCCUGAUAGAGAGUGCUAUGUCACGAGCGUAUUCCCGCAGAUUCCCAAGAUCCUCAGCGUGCUUAAGCCGUACUUAUCUGAGGUGCUAUUUGAAGCGCUAUCUUAUCUGUGCUGUGAUUACGUUGAUAAACUGCUGCAGCAGCCUCUGAUGGACUUAUUCACACCGGGUGUAGACACCGCAGAGGGCGUUCUGCGGAUAGUGCAUGCAGUGAGACUGGUCAAAGUCGUGUGCUCAGUUAAUGUGUCUGAAGAGUUCUUUGCAGCACGAGAGAUUGUCAUUGGAAGAGCCCUGGGGCAGCUGCAGAACAUAUACAGCUCCCUGCCUACAGCAUCUGUGCAUCCUCCAAUGCUCAACAGAAACAUACAGAUACUUCGCAAAGAAAUUGUCAUACUCUAUGAAAUUAUUGCAAAAGAGUUCUCAGUGGAGUUUAUCCUGGGAAGCUUCAUUGAAGUUUGCGCAGGAGUGAUUCUACCGCCUGUGCGCGCAGGACUGGUCUCUCCCGUGGAGACUCUCGAUCUCCUUGCAGAGCUCUGCAAGAGAACAGUGGAGGGCACAGCUCCUCUGGUGAAUGAAGUGGCUGCCCCGGUGGCGCAGUACGUAUGGGCAGAUCCAGACGAGAAAGAGGAGCACAUGAAGGCUUUCUAUCGAAUGCUGUGUGCUGCUGUCAGGUCUAAUCCCGUGAUGAAUAGCCUGCAAAAGAUCGAGUGGCUGGCGCUUGGAGCAGGACACGCGAAUAGAGAGAUAUACGAAGAGUCCAUUGAAGUUCUUGCAAAGGUAAUAGAAAGAUCUCCCAUUGAAAUCAUUAGAGACGCGUUCCUGGGCCUGCUAGAGUGCAUCCUUGGCACAGCCCUGGACAAGGACCACGAGGGAGGGAUGAGCUCUCUUCUGGUUUCUCUUUCUCUCCUGGUGAAGUACAGCAUCGAAGAAAAGUGUCCAACACAGAACCAGGUGCUGGAGGUGUUUGGGAGCAAGCUGCACGGCAUAUUCCCGCACAUCAACCCAAAAGACAUUGAGGACUUUAUAUACAGGUGCUAUAGAGACGCCAACUCGCAUGAGGGCCUUCUUACAAACAUAAACGACUUCCGCGUGAAAAUCAAAACCAUCUAA